GAUGGUAUCGUUUAUAUUGGCAGAUGUUACGAACCGCGGCGCACAUUAAGGUUAUGCGUUAACUGGAACGGAAUUCAAUGGCCGGACGACGCUUGUUGUGGAUUUUCUAAAUUUUUAUUUGAAGGGUUUAGUAUUUCGUGUAAUUCAACGAAAUACUUUAAAAAUCUUGUAUGCGUACCUUGUCAAUACUUCAAACAAUGUAACUUUGACAAAACGCAAGACGUGGUUGCUUAACAUCAGUUAGUCGAUCCGGCACAGUGGAUUUUGGAUUAGCUUGGUAUAAAUUGAAAAUGAGUAAAAGACGUCGUGCUUCGUCUGGGGCUAGCCGUGGAGCUGACGGAGAUGACAGUGAUGAUGGAGUGGAACACACUCCUGGGCCUCCGCCUUCGCGUAAAAAGAAAAAGCUCGAUCCCAGUGAAAUGUGCCAACAACUAUAUGAUACCAUCAGAGGUUUCAAGAAGGAUGAUGGUACAUUACUGUGUGACUCCUUCAUUCGUGCACCUAAGAGACGUCAAGAGCCACAGUACUAUGAAAUAGUGUCGCAACCUAUUGAUUUGCUAAGAGUGCAACAGAAGCUGAAAAUGGACAACUAUGAAGACCUUGAUGAGCUCUCGGCAGAUAUAGAGUUGCUUGUGAACAACGCUAAGGCAUUCUACAAACCUGACACUGUGGAGUACAAGGAUGCUAUUGAGCUGUGGAAGCUGUAUACACAGACUAAACAUGCUUUGGAAAAUGGUGAGGAGGUGAAACCCCCAAGAGUCUCCCGGACUGGCUCUCUGUCCCGUCGGUCUGACAUAGCUGAGGAUUUGUCUGAAACAUCCACUAACAAUGAGGAGGACAAUAUAUUUGAAGAGCUUUUUAAUGCAGUCAUGACAGCAAAUUCGGAAGGCCGCUCCCUCUACACAGCCUUCCAGUUCCUUCCCUCCAAGCGGCGCUACCCCGAGUACUACCGCGUCAUAGACACGCCCAUAGACCUCAAGACCAUAGCCCAGAAGAUCCAGGCUGGAGAGUACACCAAUCUGAAUGAGAUGGAGAGAGACUUGUUGCUGAUGGUUCGGAAUGCUUGUCAUUUUAACGAGCCGGGGAGCAGUAUUUAUAAGGAUGCUAAAGCUUUGAAGAAGAUAAUCCAAGUACGCAAGCAAGAGUUAGACCAGCAUCAUAGCCGCAGUGGUCCUGCAAAGACUUCGGAGCGAAUCCGCAGUAAAAGAACCUCUCGCAUUGGCCCCGUGCCUUCCAGUAGUGCCCUGGCUAUUAUGGACCCGCCAGGCUCUGAUGCUGAAGUUGUCAAGCACUCUGAAGACAGCGCUGGUGAAAGUGAAGAUGAAAAAGGUGAAAAUGAAGACUCACCACAGUGGAAACUUCUCGAAACCGUCAAGAGUCAGACAGGACCCAACGGUACACCAAUGGCCGAAGCAUUCUGGAAGCUUCCGUCCCGCCGCGCUUACCCCGACUACUACAAGGAAAUCAAAAACCCCGUGUCCCUCAACCAGAUCAAGAAUAAGAUCAGGAAAGGCGGCUAUGGCACUUUAUCAGAAGUAGCUGGGGAUAUGAACAUCAUGUUUGAAAAUGCUAAGCAAUAUAACCAGCCUACGUCGCGGUUGUAUAAAGAUGCUAUGAAAUUGCAGAGGAUAAUGCAGCAGCGAGUUCAAGAGUUACUGGACAUCGUACAGAGCUCCUCUAGCGAUGACGAAAGCUUGUCUUCCGUGAAGAACCAGGCUCAGGUCGCCACGCCAAGACCAAGGGGCCGCCCCCGCGUGAACCCCAUCCCGAACACGCCUACGUCGACCCCCUCAGGCCCCAAGUCCAACCUCCCCCUAAAGAAGAAGCUGCACUUCGUGGCCAAGCACCUCAUCGACUUCACCUGCCCCGACGGCCGCCAGCCCAUGCUGCUCUUCAUGGAGAAGCCCAGCAAGAAGCUCUACCCCGAGUACUACAACGUCAUCGACCGCCCCAUUGACAUGAUCACUAUCGAGGCUAACAUCAAGAACGACCGCUACAACAGUGUCGAAGAGAUGGUCUCCGACUUCCGCCUGAUGUUCUCCAACUGCCGUCAGUUCAACGAGGAAGGCUCCAUGAUCUACGACGACGCUAGCCGGCUAGAACGCGUCAUGAAUGAGAAACUCAAGGAGUUGAACUCUAACUAUGAGAAGAAGGCACCGGUGAAUAAGGUCCCCAAGACUCCAAAGUCGAGACAACUUUCACCGCUUGAGCAAAAAUUGAGGACUCUUUAUGAUGCUAUCAGAGACUAUAGGAUCCCUAAAGCCAAACGCCAGCUCGCCCUAAUCUUCAUGAAACUCCCAAGUAAAUCCGAGUACCCCGACUACUACGAACUAAUCAAGAACCCCAUAGACAUGGAGAAAAUCGCCCACAAGCUCAAGAACAACAUCUACAACUCUGUCAACGAGCUGGCUUCGGAUUUCAUGCUGAUGCUGGACAACGCUUGCAAGUAUAACGAGCCGGACUCGCAGAUUUAUAAAGAUGCGCUGAUUCUGCAAAGGGUUUGCUUGCAGACUAAGCAGAUGCUGAGGGAAGACGAUGACGCGCCUCCUGACGUGCCGGCGGCUGUUCAAGAAUUACUCCUGAACCUGUUCACAUCAGUAUACAAUCAUCAGGAUGAAGAGGGCAGGUGUUACUCAGACAGUAUGGCAGAACUGCCGGAGCACGAUGAAAACAACGGUGUUCGCGUCCGCGGCAUCUCCCUCGAUCUUGUGAAGCGGCGGUUGGAUCGCGGUCUGUACCGUCGUCUCGACCACUUCCAACAAGACAUGUUCGCUGUUUUCGAAAGAGCGCGCCGCCUAUCACGAACAGACAGCCAAAUCUUCGAAGACUCCCUCGAACUGCAAACCUUCUUCAUCACGCACCGCGACCAACUCUGCAAGGACACGCUAACUUCACCCGCGCUCUCCUUCACUAAGGAAAUACUCACCACCAGCGUGGAACUGCUCAAGCAGUGCAAGAUGCUGCAGGAGAAUGAUGAAGAAGAAGACACCAGGUCAAGCACGGACGAAUCCAUGCCAGCCGGCGCCCCUCAGCCCCAAACAAAGUACGACAAGGGAGACUUCUUAUACGUGCAGCCGGAUAAGAGCAACAAGGAUCCCGGCAUCGUGCAGGCCGUGCGCAUCUGGACCAAUAGUGACGGCGUGCCUAUGAUGUACGCCAACGUUUACUUCCGGCCUCACGAGACAUUCCACGUGCGCACACGCAAGUUCCUCCAGCAAGAGGUCUUCAAAACUGAAACCUUCCGGAAUAUUCCUCUUGACCAGAUCGCCGGACAUUGCUACGUCAUGAACGUUAAGGAGUACUUCAAAUUCCGCCCAGAAGGUUACGCCGACAAGGACGUGUAUGUGUGCGAGAGCCGGUACAACUCCAAGCACCGCUGGUUCAAGAAGAUCAAGGUGUGGGAGGGCGCGGAGAAAGAAGCUACACUCGUGCCGAGAGAGGUGCCCCUCGAGCCGAACCGGACGGUGUCCGUAUUCCGCGAGCGUGUCGAGAAGCACAAGGAUGAAUUAGCGGAGUUGGAGGUGCUCGAGAAUGUACAAGAAAAAGAGAGACCCGAUGUGGUGAUGUACAAUCCGCUUGGCACCGAUGAUGAGAACACCUACUACGAGCAAUACAACACAGUCUGCUCUGGUGUCAUCAAAACUGGCGACUACGUUUACGUAGUCACUGAUGGCGGGAAGCAGAUGAUCGCACAAGUCGACACUAUUUGGGAGACGGGCGAUAACAAGUGCUAUUUCCGUGGCCCCUUCCUCAUCUUCCCAGCAGAAGUUGCCAACAUUAUCAACAAACCGUUCUACAAACAAGAGGUGCUGCUAACGACCAUGCACGACACCAGCCCACUGGUGGGCAUCGUAGGGAAGUGUGCAGUGCUCGACUUCGAUGACUACCUCAAAUGUCGGCCGACGGAGAUCUCCGAGAAUGACGUUUUCGUAUGCGAGUCUCUGUACGAUGAGUCGAACAGAGUCGCACGCAAGCUGACUGCGGGGCUUCGCAAAUUUGAGCACACUAAGGACGUCACUGUUGACGAGAUCUACUACUUCCCGCGCCUGCGCGGCCCGCCCGCGCUGGCGUCGCCGGCCGAGGUGCACAGCUUCGCGCACAAGCAGCCCGCCUUCAACCCCGUGCACAUCGACUCCAUGCACGACACGAAGCCACAGUUCACGAAUCUCAUCAACACGACGAUCGGCCAAGACGUUGAGAUGUUACUGGAAAAUUCAAUGGACGAGUCCUCACUAGCGUCACCGGCCACUCCGCUCUCAGGAGGAGGCAACAGCAACUCCUACAACCCUUCAAUCGCGUCCAACCAAGAGCGUCCAACCGCCACGCCCUCCACGGGCAAAAAGAAGAAGGAAUCCAAACAGAAGAUCGUCACCGGCUAUAUACUCUAUUCUAGCGAAAUUCGGAAGGCGAUCAUCGCUAACAAUCCGGAGGCGACUUUCGGCGAGAUCUCCCGCAUAGUUGGCAACGAGUGGCGCUCCCUACCGGCAGCCACCAAGCAAAGCUGGGAGGAACGAGCGGCCAAAUGCAACGAGGAAACCUCGGCCAGGCUAGCCGAAGAGAUGCGAGAGUUGGCGCAACACGGCGGGUCGCAGCCACCAGCAGCGCCUGUAGAGCUCACCUACGAAUGUGCCUGGGAUUCCUGCGACUACCAGUUUGAAGACCUUGCCGACUGCAUGGAGCAUUGCAUCGGCGAUGGAGGGAACAUGAUUGGAACUUUCAUUGAGACGAAGAAGGCUAAAUUGGAACCGGGCCACGUGCAAACCCACUACCGCGGGCACGCCGGCGACUUCCCGUGCGUGUGGAGGAACUGCGCGCGCGUGCGAAAGGGACAGAUGCCCUUCCCGAAUCUACCUCGCCUGCUCCGACAUGUGCGAGACUUGCAUGUGAAUAAGGGCAACGGCCGCGCUAUUGCCCACCAUGAGCGCUCCAGAAACUUUAUUCCUUCGUCGAGGAAACCGCCGCCUAAGACGUACACCAACAGCUUCAGAGGCGGCGUGAUGUCGCCCGGAGCGUCGUUAUCAGGCAUGUCUCCACUGGCGCGCAACACGCCGUCACCCGGCGGGGACUCCAUGCCGGCGCGCGCCGCGCCCUCCGGCCUCGAGCCGCUGUUCGUAUCCGCGCCGCCUAAAGCGCAGCGAGUACAACACUCCGAGGCCUACAUCAGGUACAUCGAAGGCCUCCACUCUGAGCAGAAAUACAUCACUCCGUGGGAGAAAUCCCUCACCCCAAUGCCCAUCAACCCGGACCCGUCGCACUUCAACAUGCACAAGCUGCCCGCGCACUGGAUGACGGAGGAGGCCGUGCACGGCUACCUGGCGCAGGACAAGACGCUCUCAGAGACCGACAUCCACAAGAUGGACAACGGCGCCCGGCUCCUGAAGGGGCUGUGCGCGCUCCGGGACGCCAUGAUGAAGGACGCGCUCUGCGUCUAUAGGAACCAGCUUUGAUAUAAGAAGCGUUGAGUGUCUGGAAGUUUCUAUUCUGAGAAACAUGCGAUGGUCAAAAUAGUGACUAUUUAAAAAACGUGUCACGCUGGUUACAAAAUGUUUUCUAUAGAUUACUAAUGUAACUUUUUGCGACUAAAAAUUAGUUUUUAUACAAGUUGCGAGACAUACCUAAGCUCUUUCGGAUAUAUGCAGUAUUUUGUAAAACAACAGAUUUUAUGCGCCAUACUUUCUUUUUAAAUAACUCGGUCCCUGCAAGUGAUCCAAAGUUGGUGUCAUACAACAAAAUAACGCUUUUAAUAAGCUAUUUCAAACGAGCCAUGUCCCAUCAGUAUAGUCAUGGGACAAAAUGCCCAUUCUCCUUUGCAAGUUAUUAUUGAAAAUUGCUUUUCGCUGAUGUUUAAAAGUGCAAUGCAAUGAUGUUAGGUAAAAAGUUACUUAUUAACGGAUUACUAAAUGACAUGUAAAAGUAGUUAUAAGCGAAGUUUUUAAUGAGAUCUUUUAGUUAUUUUAAGUUGACAAUCA